AUGUACGAUGCGAUCAGGGUUAAAACGGUCCAAGCGCCUGCGCCCCGCUACCAGGAGCUCUCUCCAGCUCCGAUGCGACGUCAGUGUCUAGCGACUCGGCAGGCAUCGCUAACCUCAACGACACCACCUUCUCCAACGCCCACGCCCGACGCCUCGCUCUACCACUGGUCUCACGUGCUCUGGAUAUCACCAGCUCCGGAACAUCGCGCCAUCAUCCAGGAAAUUGCUCCCAAGCCCGAUUCCCCCUCGAAGGCACCACAACCAACGGCCUCGAUGGCUGAGGACUUCAGCGAAGGACGCCUGGAGACGUUCGUCGGCACGCCGCAGAAAGAGCUUCCAGGGACAAAGGAUGCAUACGUAUCCUAUCUCGUCACCACAAAGUCCGACUUCCAAUCAUUCCAGCGCCCCGAGUUCAGCGUCCGCCGCCGCUUCACAGACUUUGUUUUCCUCUGGAAACAGUUGACCAAAGAGUACCCGCAAUGCGCCGUCCCACCGCUGCCCGACAAACACAAGAUGGAGUACGUGCGCGGUGACCGGUUUGGUCCGGACUUCACGCACCGCCGAGCUCACUCGCUGCAUCGCUUUUUGAAGCGCAUAACGUUGCAUCCAGUGCUACGGCGCGCAAUGCUGCUCAUUAGCUUUCUGGAGAGCCAGGAUUGGAAUCAGCAUAUGAAGGGCCGGUCAUCGAGGGCAGCUAGUGGAUCAGAUGCGGGAGGAGGCGGCUUCAUGGAUGCCGUUGCAGAGAGCUUUGUGAACACUUUCACCAAAGUACACAAGCCAGACAAGCGAUUCAUCGAAGUUAGCGAGCGAGCUACAAAGUUGACAGAAGACCUGUCAAAUGUGGAGAAGGUGGUUGUGCGUGUCGCAAGGCGGCAAGGCGAUCUCGACUCAGACUACAGUGACCUCGCAACGCAAUGUCAGAAGCUCAUCACCUUGGAACCUGGUGUUGAAGGUCCGUUAACAUCGUUUGCUACCUCCGUACAAACAACUUCGAAAGGGUUCAAAGACUUGAGAGACAACACGGACCAGGACUACCUCACUUCCCUCCGCGACAUGGACGCCUACGUAAUAGCAUUGAAGCAGCUUCUCCGCGCCCGAGAAGCCAAACAGCUCGACUUCGAAGCUCUCUCCGACCUCCUCGCAAGGAACGCUUCCGACCGUGACUCGCUCGCCAGCCAACACGGCGCUGGUAUGGGAGCAUCCGGCUUCCUCCGCCAGAAGGUCGAAGACUUCCGUGGCAUCGACCACGAACAAGCGCGUCGCAACCGCGUCCGGAAGCUCGAGAUCGACAUAGAACGUUUAACGGGCGAAGUCGAAAGCGCAAAGAAAGCCACGGAAGCCUUUGACGAGCACACGGUUAAGGAAGUCGCAGACUUUGAACGCAUCAAGGCCUUUGAGUUCAAGGACACGAUGGGCGACAUGGCAGAUGCGCAUAUCAAUUUCUUCAAGGGCACGAUUGACACGUGGGAAAGAUUUCUGGAGGACAUGCGUAAGGAGGAGGAUGAAAGGAAAAGGGCGGAGGAGCAAGAGACACAAUAG